AUGCUGUCUCUUGAAAAAUCGAAAGACAAAGAGGGGUCUGAAGGGAUGACUGAUGAUCUGGCUAACAAAGAUGAAAACUCUAUUGAGAAAAAGGAUCAAUCCACUGACAUAGUAAAUAUAGAGGAUCUGGACUCUGGUGAUGUACCCAUCGGUCAAAGACUGCCUCUAGGAAUAACUAAAAGAUUGAAGAAUAGAAAAGGUCAAGCUAUUGAAUCCUCCAACACACCCUCAAAAUAUCUCAAGAAAAGAGCUAGUGUUGGCCCUAUAAAUAGAUGGAAAAAGGUAGUUACUCCUGUUUCUAAGAAGAAAUCUCUUAAGAGGAAGGAGGACAUCGUUUCUACUGCCAGAAAGCAAGCAUCUGGGAAGAAGAUUCCAACAAAUAUUCAUGAAGUUCCAAUUGAUAUCAUUUCCUUUCACUAUGUGGAGAAUGUUGAAAAAUGGAAAUUUGUUUAUCAAAGAAGAUUAACACUGGAAAGGGAACUGAGCAAAGAUGCUUUUGAAUGCAAAGAGGUGAUGAGUCUGAUUCAAGAGGCUGGAUUAAUGAAAACUGUGACUGGGUUUUGGGGCAGAAAUGAAGAAGAACAAGCUGAAGUUGAAGUAUCUGACAAUUUUAUCUGUAGAGAGAUUACUGCUAAACAAGUAAAGGAAUGGCCAAGGAAAGGGAAGUUGUUCGCAAGGACCAAGUCAAGCUUUGAUUUUGGAUCCUAUGUCUUUGAUCAAACUAUGAAGCAUGUUGCCUCUUAUGAUGUGAAAAUGCCAAUAACUUUUCCCUCAUUGAUCUGUGGUGUUAUUCUGAGUCAACACCCAAGUAUCUUUAUCAGUUCUGAUAGUAUCUGCAAAAGGGACCCUCCUCUCUCAUUACAUUAUAGGUUGUUCACUGGGAAACAUGUUCCAAACAUUGUUAUGACAUCUGGACAUACAUCUUCCCGGCCUACAACUAGAACAUGGAUCCUUGCUGAGCUAAAAGAUACCUGCAAAACCUUGGAUGAGACUAUCAAAAGUUGUACUGAGAGGAAAAUCAAGAUUGAAAUUUUGAUAAAGGCCUUGUCUGAAGAAGGAGGAAUUUUGAAAGGUGAUGGAAUAGGUGAAGAAGAGGCAAAUGAAUAA